CCCCACACACGAGCGCCCUUUGUACACGUCACUGCCAUAUCAGAGCACAACGGAAAUUGCAUGUCCCUCUUGGCCAGCAAGGCCUGAAACUGAUUUUUCGUGUCGAUCCGCAAAAAUCCCAGGUGGACGCGAGAGAGCUGCGACCAACCGCUUCAACUUCCCCGGACCCUCUAAACUGAAUUCAUAUCAAAUCUCAGAGCCCUGACCACCGAAUUGAAUUUAAACUUGGCAAUCGAAUUCAUAUUGAAAUUCGAUGAAUCAGACGCCGAUUUCUGUCGAUUUGCAGAUUGAUUCUGUGGCGGAGUUCCUCUGUGUUACCCCCUAUGGGUGCUCCUAAGCAGAAAUGGACGGCGGAAGAAGAAUUAGCCCUUAAAGCUGGAGUUAUUAAACAUGGCGCAGGAAAAUGGCGGACCAUACUUAAAGAUCCAGAAUUUAGUGGCGUUCUGUAUACUCGCUCAAAUGUAGAUCUUAAGGAUAAGUGGAGAAAUAUGAGUGUCAUGGCAAAUGGAUGGGGCUCUCGAGAGAAAGCGAAGACAGCACUUAGAAGAAUGCACCAGAUUUCUAAACAGGAUGAAAGCUCUAUUCCUCUCAGUACUACUGUUCAAAGCGAUGAUGAAAUGAUGGAUGCUAAGCCUAUUUCAGUUUCCAGUGAGACCCAGCAUAUUUCUGGUCCCAGAAAAUCUAUUGUGAGGCUGGACAAUCUUAUCAUGGAAGCUAUAACUAGGUUGAAGGAGCCUGGUGGAUCUAAUAAAACGACUAUUGCUGGAUAUAUAGAGGACGAAUAUUUCGCUCCUCAAGAUUUCAAGAGGCUAUUAUCUGAAAAAUUAAAAUACUUGACAGCAAGCCGUAAAUUGAUUAAGGUAAAACGCAGAUACAGGAUUGCACCUACUCCAGCGUUAUCCGAAAAAAGAAGAAAUACCUCAAUGUAUCCUUUUGAGGGAAGACAGAUGGCGUCUGCUUUUGAGGGAAGACGUAUGGCAUCUCCUUUUGAGGGAAGACCAAUGCUGUCUCCUUUUGAGGGAAGGUAUAUGGCGUCUCCAAAAUUUGAAAAUGAUGAGGGUACCAUCCUGAUGAAAGCCCAAAUUGAUUUGGAGCUUGCGAAGAUGAGGACUAUGACCCCCAGGGAAGCUACUUUAGCUGCUGCUCAAGCAGUGAAAGAGGCAGAAGCUGCCAUUGCUGAAGCUGAAGAGGCAGCCAGGGAAGCUGAGGCUGCUGAAGCUGAUGCAGAAGCAGCACAAGCUUUUGCAGAAGCAGCAAUGAAGACACUAAAAGGAAGCAAUGCUACAAAGACGAUGAAUCGUCCCUGAAUGAAGUUCGAAACAUGCAAGGGCAACGAAAGAGAAGUUUCUUGAGACCGGACACAUGUUGUUUUAUUGUAAUUAAACUAUGUUACCAAAUUCACCUACACAGAGACGGGUGAUUUGUAUUAUGAUUAGUUUCAAUGUAGGAAAGUCUGGUUCAUGGCGGUUUUCAUUUCCUUUUGCAAACUAUGAAGCUGCGUCGAAAUGCAGAAAAUUAGGACUCACAGUGGGAUAGAAAAGUUAAUUUAACAGCAUCUCUUUUGUUGUUGUAAUUGUCUUGUUAUUUUUUCUUUUCCUUGUUUUUCUUGGUCUUCAAGAUAGAAGCGGAGGCGGCUGUCAUCUUCGUCUUUGAAGGUGAUUUUUGCUACCCGUCACGCUCCGCCCUGCCCUGCGCGUUUAGAGUGGGGUCUUGCCUACUAACCAGAGAGGGCUGAGGGCAUAUGCUGUCAUAGGUUGAGUUAGUUCAUUCAUACAGCAACAAUAUGUAUAUGCUUUGGAUCCUACUGCUUAGUCUGAUUCAAUGAUAUAGUUUUGUCCUCUU